AUGGGGACAAGAUCCGAUGACCGACCACAAAGAGGGGGGCGGGAGCCGCUUCACUUCUAUGUUCAGAUCAAGGACAUGAAGGAUCUCGCCAUUCUCAUCAUCCCUCACAAGUUCACUGAGGUGAUGAAGCAGUGGCUAUCGACGAACAAGUGGUGGGAGUGCUUGGUUCAGAGGGUGUCGGUGCUCGCCUCGGCGCGCGGCCUCGUCUGCCUCCGCGGCUGCGCCACCGGUUUCUACUACAUAGCCAACCGGCUCACCUUCCGCCGCGUGCGCCUCCCCUACCAGAACCGCGACCACCGGCUCGACGCCGACCCGGCCGUCGUCAUCGCCUUCGAGGACGACGACGUGGGCGCCGCCGGCGCCGUCGGCUUCCGCCACUACCACGUCGUCGUCACCUACCAGGUCCACGACGGCGUCUGGGCCGUCGAGUCCUUCUCCACCCGCACCUGGGACUGGCGCGUCGGGGACGACAUCUGCGCGCCCGAGACGGUCGUCGCCCAGUCCGGGGUCGGCGCGCGCGGCCGCGCCUUCUUCCGCACCACCAUCGGCCACAUCCUCUGCUACACCCCGGAGACGGGCUGCGUCGACCUCAUCCCCGCGCCCCAGGAGGUCGAGGGCCGCAAGGACUGGGAGAUCGGAGAGAUGGAGGGCAACUUCUGCGUCGCCUGCGUCGACCAGCCCGCCAAGGAGGUGGCCGUGCUCUACAUGGUGCCCGGCGACGGCGCCGACCAGGUCACCUGGGCCUGGGCGGGCCAGUUCCACGCCAACAAGAUGGGCUACCACGGGCCACGGCAGGAUGACCCUGCUCCGCUCCAGGGCGCCGCCGAGGUGGUCAUGUGGGAUCCUUUCGAGCAGCUCGUGCUCGCCGUCGACUUCGAUGGCAGGGUCACCCGCUCCAUCGGCCCCCUCUCCGGCGGGAUGUACUACUCGGAUUUCAUCCCCUACGUCAACUCAUACGCCGACAUCUACAGGUACUGCUCAGAUUAAACUCGAUCCAGCCUCCUCUACUCUGUUUUGCCGCUUGCAUUAUUAUUAUUGGAUCUUUUUGAUCGGUUUAAUUCAGAGACUUUGAUGUUUCUGAAUCUGAUGUGAAAGCAUGUCCACAUCUGCAGAACUGUGCUGACUAGUAGUAGAUCGAUGCAUAUUGAAUAUAUAUACGUGUUGACUGUCCCUGUAUUGACCUUUGCACGACUAAUCUUUCAAGUGUGGAUAUAUAUUGUCAGUCUCGAGUCUGCACUUCUGUAAGUUUCUGAUGUGAAACACCUAUGCACGACUUAACUGUUUACUGAUACAAUUUCCUGAAAGUUGAGCUUUUCUUGACUAA